UAGAGGGAAAGAUGAGCUCCGCAAGUACGGACCAACGGCUGGAGCAUCUACUGACGGCUGUGGAGAACGAAUUUCAGAAAGGAAGCGAGAAAGGUGAUGUUACAGAAAGGGAUAUCAAACUCAGUUUGGAUGACUGCGAACUCUGGACUAAGUUCAAAGAGCUCACCAAUGAGAUGAUCGUCACCAAAACGGGCAGACGGAUGUUCCCAGUGCUGCGGGUAAACAUCGCUGGCCUGGACCCAAACGCCAUGUAUUCCGUUCUGUUGGACUUCGUGGCAGCAGACAACAACCGCUGGAAAUAUGUGAAUGGGGAGUGGGUGGCAGGCGGUAAACCCGAGCCCCAGAGUCCUAGCUGCGUCUAUAUUCACCCGGACUCACCCAAUUUUGGAGCACACUGGAUGAAGGCCCCAGUUUCUUUUAGCAAAGUGAAGCUUUCCAACAAGCUAAAUGGCGGAGGACAGAUCAUGCUGAACUCCCUGCACAAAUAUGAACCCCGUAUUCAUAUUGUGAAAGUCGGCGGUGUGCAGAAAAUGAUAAGCAGUCAGUCCUUCCCGGAGACACAGUUUAUUGCUGUGACAGCAUACCAGAAUGAGGAGAUCACAGCGCUUAAGAUAAAACACAACCCGUUUGCCAAAGCUUUCCUUGACGCGAAAGAAAGGAGCGACCACAAAGAUGUAGUGGAUCAUCCGUCGGGAACUCAGCAAUCCGGCUAUGCUCAGAUAGGCAGCUGGUUCUUGCCCAACAGCGGCUCCAUGUGUCCCAGCAGUAGCCCGUCCCAGUUCAGCGGGGGCCACCACAGCCUUUCCUCAGGCUCCUACUGCGAGCGGUACUCCUCUCUCCGGAGCCACAGGGCGGCCCCUUACCCAACACACUACUCGCACCGCAGCCCCAACACAGGCGGCUACAUGGACAACUCUUCAGCUGGCCUGGGGACCUCGGAGAGCUGGUCCACCCUGCAGAUCCCCAGUCCCACCAGCAUGGGCUCCCUGUCACACUCCAGCAGCGGAACAACCAGCCCCAGCCAGUACCCGGGCCUGUGGUCCAUGACCGGGGCUCCCCUGACCUCCGCCAGCCCUCCAUCGGGCUCCCUGGCGGGGGGCCUGACCUCUCAGUUCCUGCGCACCUCCCCUGUGUCCUAUACAAGCCUGGGCUCGGCCUCCCUCACCCCCACCUCCUCCUCUCCCAUGUACGACACCGGACUAGGCGAGGUGGGCGGGGGUGGCACUGGCAGCGGGGACGCCCAGUUCGAGAGCUCCAUCGCCCGCCUGACGGCUUCGUGGACGACGCCUGUGGCACAGAGUUACUGAACCGAAGCCGGAUUCAGAUAGUAAAAACCCUGCCACGGAUUUGCGCCAGCCAACUCAAUGAAUCAGCUGAUCUGAAUUACCACACCCAACCAGGUUGAUGAGUCAAAUCACCUGUGUUUGCAGCACAUACAGAAGGAAUAGACAGGUUUCCCGUUUACAAACAUUCACGUUGUGAGGAGGGGCAAGAUGCUAAGCAGCCAAUCGCACGAGCGCAUUUUUUGAGUGACAGCAGAUUUCCAACAAUCAGAGGUUGAAGAAGGGCCCCUGGUUGUGUACGCAGACAGGAAUGUUUACAAACGGGAAACCCAUGUAUGUGGACUUUUACUUUCUCAAUCCAGUUUGUCUACCCCUGCUGAACGACAUAUCGAGUUCAGAGAAUAAAAUCCCUGCCACAUGUAGUAUAUGUUGCAGUGAAGUCCACUGAACGGUCAUGAACACAAUUACCACAUCCUCAGCCAGGUAGAGCACUAAAAAAUGUUUGGAGGAUCAUAAGUAAAAAUAAUAAUAAUAAAAGGCUGGACUCUUACUUUUGUAAUUACAGGAUCUCAUUACAGUGGGCUGUCCUGUUUGGUGCCCUAGCCCAGUAAUUUCCAGAUGUCUUUCAACAGAAGCCUGGCAGGCAGUAGCACAUUCCAUAACAAUGGUUGAAGGACCACGUAGAGGUCAAAAUGGCCCAAUGAGUGUGGUCACCAUUCACUUGCAUCAUCUGUAUAUUCAAUCAACAGACACAAGGUGAUUUGUAGGAUUACACUGGAAUUUGGAUAUAGCUAAUAAUUUCAGCCAAUACCUAAAAACACUGGAUAUCAAUGUUGCGACUGUUUUUUUUACUCCUGCUCCAUGGUGUGCAUGUCGUCACUCGUCACUUAUUGUAUUAACAGAUGAAAAAUGCAAGUAGGCCUAUGUUUGUUGGUUGUCUCCACUUGAGGUAAUUGAAAUUUUGAAGGUUUUUGUAAAUAAUUUGUGCUGUUUUGUUUCGUCUGUGGUGGGGGAAGUGUUUUUAUCAUCAUGUUCUAUUCAAAGGAAAUGCAAUGGCACUUUAUUCAAUUCGUGUGCCUUAAAAUGCAAUGUGUGCCUUAAAAUGUCCUGGAAACCCAAAAUAAUGUACAUAUAUGUACUCGUUUUGUUCAAGAACCAAUAGCUGUGACUGUUAU